AUGCAGCUCACGAUCUCAGUCGCUUUCGCUCUUUUCGCCUCCACUGCAACCUUUGUUCGAGCCAUCCCAAUUGUCAACUCCACCACCCUCCGCCAGAAUGCACUCGACGCCCAGAAGCUUAACGUCGAAUUCCAGUCCAUUAAACCCUCUGAUGCAUGUAAAACCGGCGCCAUUGCUUGUGUCGACAACGCUAUCGCGGACUGCGUUGAUAGCAAAUGGGACACCAAGUCCACUGUUUGCCCUGACUCUGUGCAGUGCUUUGCUCUCCCCAGUUCAAAUGCUGUUGGAACGGCCCUGGGCUGCACGAGCCGGAGAAGUGCUCUCUCCAUUAUGGAGCUUGCCGGUGUCAAAGGCGGUAUGACCGGUUCGGAUAUCUUCACAGACACUAGCGACACGAGCACCAGCGCAGGCGCCUCCGCCACUGCUUCAGGCAGCGUUAGCUCCCAAGAAGCGACUUCCGCCGUCACAAGCACAUCUAUAUCUGCCUUCGCCUCUAUAACUGCGUCUAGCAGCGCCUCGAGUCAAGCACCGCCAAGUACCAUCACCUCUACCCCCAUCAGUAGGGCAACACAGGCCUCAGGCCCCGACGCCGUCACCGUCACCGUCUUCGUCACCGUCAACGGCACGUCCGCGACCACCACCACCCUUUCCCCAGAAGAGUUCACCAGCUCACUCUCUGCUAUCUUCAAAUCAGCAAGUGCGACCUUGCUCCCGUCCAGCUCCACAUACUCUGCGGCAAGCUCUGUAUCAGCCACUGAUCCAGCCGAGUCCACGAUCAGCGUUUCUGCUUUCACUCGUAUUGUUGCGACGGACCUCAGUGGGACGAGUGCGGCCUCUGGCGUCACCUCCGCUGCUACGCCUAUUAACACCUCGCCUAGUGCUGCCACUGGAGGCUCAUCUGGGUACGGAGGCUACUACUAG